UUUUUAAAAUCUCGUGCACCAUUCAGAUAGAUCACAACAGAAAUAUCAAGAAUGGCACCACGUAAAGGAAAGGCCAAGGUAGAGGAACAGAUUACCCUUGGGCCUCAAGUUGCUGACGGAGAAAAUGUGUUUGGUGUCGCACACAUCUUUGCCAGUUUCAACGAUACAUUUGUCCAUGUGACAGAUUUGAGUGGAAAAGAAACUAUCACUCGUGUCACAGGUGGAAUGAAAGUGAAAGCUGAUCGUGAUGAAGCCUCCCCCUACGCUGCUAUGUUGGCUGCCCAGGAUGUUGCUGAGAGAUGCAAAGUUCUUGGAAUCACAGCUCUGCAUAUCAAACUAAGAGCCACAGGUGGCAACAGGACAAAGACCCCUGGACCAGGUGCCCAGUCAGCCCUUCGUGCUCUUGCAAGAUCUGGCAUGAAAAUUGGCCGUAUUGAGGAUGUCACUCCAAUCCCAUCAGACAGUACAAGACGAAAGGGAGGUCGUCGUGGACGUCGUUUGUAAAUUUAUUGUACAAUAUAUGGCAAAAUAAAGACUUUCACUGCAACCUAAA